AUGUCAGGUCGCAAAGAUGGGGGUGACUCCUCCAGCGACUCUGCGGCGGAAGACAGAAAGAGGUCAAGAGAAGAGCUCGUGGCCCUGAGGACGCAAGUUAGCUCGCUGACGGAUCAGAUGAGCCAGCUAAUGUCGCUAGUGGAAGAUACCAUGAAGGCAAGCAAGAGGGAGGAGCCAGCUGGCACCAUGGAGGGUGCCGCUGAUCGCGGCGAUGCUAGGGAGAGCGCCGCCGCGGAGUCCACGAACGCCGAAGGAGGGGCACCGUGGACCGGGAGUGCGCAGGACGGGAGGUACCUGCGCGAACCUGUUCGAGAGUCUGGCCCGUCAGGGCGACACAGCGGCGAAGCAGGGGGCUUUGUCCCCCAAGAGGUGAGAGUAGCCGCUGCUCACAACCAAGAUUAUAGUAGUGCCAUGGGAGAUGGUGGUGCUGCUGUUGGCUUUGGAUACGGAGCCACAACCCCAGCGACGGGGUACCAAAGUGUGCGGUACACUUCUCCUCCGUUCAGCGGGAAAUCGAAAGAUUUCAACGAAUGGCUAAAUGAUUUCCGCAUGGCAGCUAAUGGCGCAAACCUGUUAGAACAAUUUGAAGACAGCGGGAGCUUGGAUAUCCCCGUCAACAGCGGAAAGAGCAAGUUUUCGCUGUCAAGGCAGUACCGGAGCGAGCAAGUAGAGCUCGCUUUCCACGAGUGGAACUUCCUGUCUCACGCGUUGAAAGAACAAGAUCGGAAAAUCGUGAAGAGGGCAGAGUCGCCCCAGGGAGCUCUUCGUGAGCUCAAGACCAUACACGACCCUGAAUCAUCUGUACAGCCGUCAGAGGACCUCAAGUCCCUGACGUCGACCAAGAUCUCUAGAGGUGAAAACCCCCAAAAUGCCCUACGUCAGAUGCUCCAAACCGCAAAGUCCUUAACCGAGAAAAGACUGUCAACGAAACGUUCGACCUUCACCUCUUCCUGGAUUCCCUCUCGGACGAGUAUGCCAUGACGAAGCACAACCUGCGACACGCGAAGGAGUUGACGCGGACCGGUGUGCUAGAGGAAGUAAUGAUCGAAUACAAGGCGAUCAAGGACAAGCUGGAGCAGGGGAAAGGACAAGGGGCAAAGGGCGCAGAGCAAGCUUACUUCGCCGACUGUGAGGGCCACAUGGAGCGGUACUCAAGUAGGAGUCAGGUGCAAGGUCGUGGUCGUGGCGGCGGCCGUGGCCGCAGCAGCAGUCGUGGCCGCGGCGGAGGCGGUCGCGGCGGUCGCUCAGGCGGGUCCGGAGGAGUCGAGGAGAGCAAGGGAAGCAGCAGUGGAGGCGCCGAUGGCGGCGGUGGCGGGGACUUGGUGGAGUACCCGUACCAGUACUGAAUGCUGCCCAUGUACCAGAGGCCCCCUACAACCUCCUCUCGCUGUCUUCGUUGGCAAAGGAGGGCCACACGUAGUCGGGGAUGAAGGGGGGCCUCACGCUGACCACGAAAGCCGGGGGGGAGAUGUCGUUCCCCCGGACUGGAAAGCUGCUGACCCAACGAGGCUUUCAAAUAAAGCAAACGCUACACACCGCCUGUGCCGCACUCGUUGUUCCUGGCGAUGCGAAAGCAGCCAACCCCACUGAUCUCNCCACUGACCUCAACGAGUACCACCUCGCGCACGGCCAUGCCCACGAGACAUUGCUCAGGAUCACGGCGGAGCAGCAGGGAGUGCAGCUGACGGAUAGACCGCUGCUACCCUGUCUUGGCUGUUCGAUGUCCAAGGGACAGGUGAAAGCCGUCCAGAAGAGCACGAGCACACGCGCACUGCUACCUCUCGCAGAUGACGAGGAGGGCAGGGAGGGCGAGAGCAGAGCGGAUGCAUCACGCCAAGGUAAGGGGGGGGGGAGAGACUCAGAGAGUGAGCCAGACCUCGACGUGAUGGAGGCUCGUGGGCCAGGGCAAGCGACGCCGUUUGUGCGCGAG